CACUCUCCCUCCCUCCCUCGCCCUUCGAGGCAGAGGCUGAAGCUGACGCAUGACGACGAUGAGGCUGAGCUGGUGAUCAUUGGGGGUUUGGUUGGUGUCGACGGAAAUGGCGGUUUCUUCUCCUGGCACGAGCAGCAGGCCUAGGACCAGGAACGAUCAUUAUUCCGAGCCGUUCUUCGCUCUCUGCCAUGGGGACCUCCUCCACAACGUACUCCACAGGCUGCCAGCCCGCUCCUUCGCAUCCGCCGCCUGCGUCUGCAAGACCUGGCACCGCGUCUCCAAUCAGAUCCUCUGCCGCCCUCUCCUCGCCUCUGCCCUCUCCCUCAAUCCUUCCCCCUUCGGUGCUUUGCUGGAAGUUCUGGACAAGGUUUUAUCAGACCCAAUUCGACCCCACUUCGCCAUUGUCAAUGUUGCAACUGAUUGUGACUUGUCAUCAAUGCUUAAGCUUACGAGUAAACGCUUGGGAACUGCAACUCCUAUCGUCGUAUCCUACUCUGUCGGAAUUAUUGGAAGACAUGCCUCCACGGAUGAAGUCUUAGAGGUCCAACGGGGAGAUGACGAUAAUGGGGGUCGGGGUGUUGCAUUGACAGUGGGAUUUGUACCAGGAUUAAAAGUUGAUGCUAUACCAUUGAUGCAACAGCGGGAGGGUACCAUACUGGUCGAUGAGUUUGUUCUAGAUAUCAGACAGUUCUCUGCUUCUGUCUCAGGUCAGCAAUUGCCUGUUGGAAUUGUGAUGUUUGGGAAUGGUCAUUGUGAUCUCAAGCAUGCAAUAGAGAAGCUGGAUUUUGCCAUGCCUGUGGAGACGGCCGUUGUGGGUGAUGAAAGAAGCCAUUUUGUUUACCAAACUGUAGUUAAAAAAAGAAGUUUCUUUGACUCUGAUGGUGGUCAGGGCUACAUCAAUAAUGCUGUUGCUCUUACAUUUGUAAGAGACAGAAACAACAUUCACGGUUUAGGGGAAAUAAAGUUUCAUGUGGCAUUGUCAGAAGGUGUGUCAGCCCUGGGUCCAAUUUACAAGGCAGCUUCAGUAAGAACAAGUGAUCAUUCUACUUGGCUCACUGCUAGAAGAGAGGGAAGCCGAGAGAUUCUUGAUGGCCAAAGAAUGAUGAUGAAUAUUGAUGAAGAGCUAAAUAAUCGAAUUGGCCAUCCCGAUCUCUAUAUUGGAGUCACAAAGAGAAGAAAAUAUGCCAUUGGAUCAGAGAAGGCAGGUGUUAUGACAUCUUUGUCAUUCCAUAACAUUUUCAGAGAAGACGAAGAAUAUCUGUAUGUUGAGGGUCUUGGCAUUAGAACAGGGGAUCCCUUCCAAUUUUAUGCUCCAGAUGCUGCAGUGGCAUCAUCGACUUGUGAAAAAGUAAGUGCAAGCCUCGAAAGGUUAAAUAUGGGCGUGCCUGCAAGUAACUCUCACCAGACAGUGGCUACUUCAUCACCAGCAGCAAAGGAAAGUGUUAGGAAGGAGGAGGUCUUUGGAGGCUUCAUAUUCUCGUGCUGUGGACGCAGCGAGUAUUUCUUUGGACGCCCCAAUGUUGACAGCUCUCCAUUCAUCAAGAGCUUGCCUGGAGUCCCGUUCGCGGGAGUCUUCUGUAGCGGGGAAAUUGGGCGCUGCUCGGGAAGUUUGAUGGAGCAAAAUCCGGAAGGUGGCACACCUGUCAAUCCCUGUUCCCAUGUGUAUAGCAGCAUUUAUCUCGUGAUGACCUACACUCCACCGCCAUCACCAGCAGAGCAGUAGGCGAGUCACAGAACGAGAAAAGAAGAGAACACUCGUUUAUUUCUGUGAAUGGGUGGUGGAUGAAUCAUGGUGGUAAGUUAUUAUACAGUACUUACCCCAGCAGCAGCAGCACUUUUUUUUUUUUUUUGGUUGUUUCAGUUGGUGGGACAGGGACGGUUGAAAAAUGUAAUACAAAGAGUGUGGUUGAGGCAAGAACAAGUUGGUUGCCUCGUAAAUGAAAUAGUAGUGUAUAGUACGGGGGGGGGGGGUUGGGCAAGAAGGCGGCAGCGGUAAAUGAAUCACCCCAAAAAAGGAAGUGCUCCAUAUGAUUAGGAGAUUUCAUGUGAGGUGAUGGAGCGAGCGAGGGAGCGGUUGGUUCCAAAGCCUUUUUAUCAAUGUUACAGAAUAUGAAGAAACCAAACGCAAGCAGCCAAGCUUUCAAAA